AGAUUCAUCCUCGACCAACUGGAGAGCUUUGAGAGAGGUCUCAAGACAACGAUGGAAAUGACCACUACCCCUUUCUAUCACAACAAUACAAGAAAUGUAUCAGGAAUAAAUGACUGUGACGCAUAUGCUGAGCUGAAAAAGUCUCUCCACAUCAUGUCUCUCAUUGUUUACUGCCUGGCCUUCGUUCUCGGUGUGUUCGGGAAUGGAGUGGUUAUCUGGGUGACUGGGUUCAAGAUGAAGAAAACAGUUAACACAGAUUGGUUCCUCAACCUUGCUGUGGCCGACUUCCUCUUCACAGCAUUCCUGCCCCUGGGUGUGACCUACCUGGCUUUGGAUUUCCACUGGCCUUUCGGCAACUUCAUGUGCAAACUGUACGGCACCGUAAGCUCCCUGAACAUGUUUGCCAGUGUCAACAUCCUGGUGGUGAUCAGUGUGGACAGAUGUGUGUCUGUGGUGUGGCCCGUCUGGGCCCGGAACCACCGAAGUGUACGCAAGGCAUCCUGUGUGAGUCUGGGUGUUUGGGUACUGGCUCUGAUUCUCAGCGAUAUAAACUACGUCUUCAGGGACACUACACCAUCACAUAAAGACCACAUCUUCUGCUUCACCAACUAUGGACUUUCAGAUGAUUUUGUAACACCUUCUGUGAAUCAGCUGCGACAGUUUCGUCAACAGGUCAUGACCAUCACCAGCUUCUUCCUGGCAUUUGUUAUCCCCUUCACUGUCAUUGUGUCCUCUUAUGCUUCGAUAAUCCAUCGUCUCAGAAGGAACCGCACCCUGGCCAGCCAGUCAAGUCGCCCCUUUAAGAUCAUUGCUGCCGUUAUCACCACAUUUUUCCUGUGCUGGGCUCCCUUUCACAUCAUUGAUCUAAUUGAGAUGGUAAAGCACACGGCAAAUCAUUCAAGUGGAACAUUGUGCCAUGUCAUUGUUAUCGGUGUCCCUAUUACCACCAGCCUGGCCUUUCUCAACAGUUGCCUGAACCCGCUGCUGUAUGUGUUCAUGGGCCAAGAUUUCAAGGAUAAAGUCCGCAAAUCCAUCCUGAAUGUAUUGGAAACAGCCUUCCAGGAAGAGGAGACACGCUCUCACACUGUCACAAACUCAGUGGACACCAGUCAGAUCAAUGACAAAUCAACUCUUAAUACUGAAGUAUAGACUGUCUAUGUCAUGAAGAACCAAAAACUGGGACUGUACACAGAAAGUCAUUUUGAGUUUAUUAUUAGAUUAUAUUAUAUCUCUGUCGUCACCAUAACAGAGCUCAAAGGGUCAAUGCCAUCUCCUAGGAAAAAUAAUCCAGCAGUAAUUUCAAAAUACGUAUGACAUAAUUUAUGGUUGAAUUUGUGUAACUCAAGCGCAAAAAUUUUUUUUUUUCAUCUCUCACAGCAGAUUUUGAUGACCAUGUCCUUGCCUGUAUGUGACAACAGAGAUAACACAGUAACGAUACGAGUAUAAUUAGUUAUAGGUCUUAAUUUUAGAAUAACAUGAUAAUAGACAAGCUGGAACAUAUCGUGAUAUGUAGCAUGCACCUGUCUAUAAAAGCUUUAUUAUUAUGUGUGGUUGACUCAGGUGCACCUCAGACCAAAGACAGAGAACAUCAAAGGGAAAGAAAGGCGAGAGCACAGUGAUUUUUAGUCUUUAAUGGUGCAAACAGUAUAGUUUUACAGAAUGUACUAAAUAGUGCCUGUUUGCACCAUUAAAGUGUCAUUAAUAGUGCAAACAGUGCUAUUUAUUGGAAAUCAAUCAGUGUGGUCCGGUCUUUACUACCUUCUUAGUAUAUUAAAGUCAGGAAGUGGGUUCCUCAUCAGUCAAUUAUGAUUAAGUACUUACAUUUUUGAUAGGCUUUUUGUGUAAAAGUCAUCAAUUAUCUCUAGCUUUUACAUCAUGUCCUUGUUCUAAUGAGCUCAAUUGAGUAAGAUUUAUGAUACAUUUGUUUUUUUCAUUGUUAUUAGUUAUUAUUCUUAUCGUUAUUAGUGAAACACUUUGGACAUACUGGUAUUUAUGUUACCUUGACUUGUUGGCCUGAAUGUAAGAUAAAACCCCAUAUUUUCAAAUUAAUUUAUGUAUCUCAUAUGUAUUUCUUUAAUAUUCAAUGUACAUUUUUACA